AUGAAAAAUUUUCUUGUACUCUUUUUGGUAAUCUUUGCGAUCUUUACUGUUGGUGUUAUAACAACCCCCAUAGAAGACACUUCUAAUGUCUUAGAAAAACGCUAUUAUCCUGGAAAUGUUUGCUGGAACUCACAUGAGACAGCGCCAUGCUAUCCCAACUGCGGAUGUCAAAAUAGUGUCUGCAG